AUGGUGGCCGACAAGUCGAGCCAUCUUAAGGGCACCUUCCAAAAGGCCCUAAAAGAUUCGGUCAAGGCGUUAAAGGAAGUUUUUGAGGAGCUCAGGACACACUCCGUGUCUGAUGAAACGCGACAAUUAGAGGCCGCAAAUAAGCGCCUCAAAGCGGAGCUAGCAGAUGUGCGUUGCGAGCUUCGCAAAAUUCGCGAGGACAUGGAACGGCUCCAAAUGCCGCGUUGGGACUCACCUCCCUCAAAGGCAAUAGACAGGGAGGCGCCGCAGCCCGCCGCUGCCCUCGGACGUCCCCAUGUGGACGACCUGAUCGGGGCAAUCACAGUUAAGGUGGGACGUAUCCUUGACGACAGACUCGGAGCCUUGGAGCGAGAUGGCAGGCUUCUGCCAAACAAAACAGGACAGACCCCACUGGCAGUAGACCGGGGACGACAGGCCGCGCAAACGGUCACACCGGGGAAAGCGGCAGGGGGCGAAAAGUCAAAGAAGAAGAGAAAGAAGGCGAAAUCACAGCCCACUGCUGUCGCUGGACCGUCGGCCCCAAGCGGUCAGCAGCCGCCACCCCCUGCACCUGGGUCCUCGGACCAGCAAUGGACUUCAGUGGUGAGUAGGAGCGCGAGGAGGAGGGCCGCUGCACAGUCGAAGACGCAGCCCCAGGCAAACACAAAAAGGAAGGCAGCGAACGAGAAGGCUCAGGCAAAGGCAAAGACACGUAGUAGAGGUCUUCGCCCGCCGCGAUCGGCAGCUGUGGUGCUGACGCUGCAACCGGAAGCGGAGGCAAACGGCGCAACGUAUGCCAAGGUGCUGGCCGUAGCAAAGGAGAAGGUCAAGCUAGCUGAUCUGGGCAUUUCCGAUUUGCGUUUUCGGCGGGCAGCCACUGGCGCACGGAUCCUGCAGCUGCCGGGUGUGAACAGCGGUGAGAAGGCCGAUAAGCUGGCAAGGGAGCUGGCGGAAAAACUGGGAGAGGAAGUCCGAGUGUCCAGGCCGACAAAGUGUGCGGAGUUGCGACUAUCCAACCUGGAUGACUCUGUGACGUCGGAGGAGGUAGUCGUCGCCGUCGCUCGAGCCGGGGAAUGUACUCAGGAUCAGGUCAAGGCAGGGGAAAUCCGCCGGGAUCACACUGGUCUUGGUACAGUCUGGGUACGCUGCCCGGUCACGGCGGCAAAGAAGGUGUCCGACGGUGGUCGUUUCCUGGUUGGAUGGUCUUCGGCACAGGUGAAGCUGCUGGAGCCCAGAAUAUUACGCUGCUACCGCUGCCUGGAGGUUGGGCAUGUCAGGGCGCAAUGCCAAGCGCAAAUAGAUCGCGGCAGUCUGUGCUACCGAUGUGGAAAGCCGGACCACAAGGCGGCACAAUGCUCGGCCGAGCCCCACUGUGCAGUGUGCGAGGCAUCGGGUAAGUCGGCAAGCCAUGCCCUGGGCUCCAAGGCGUGCACUGCCCGAGGACCGAGGAAGGAUAGGAAGACUCGCGAUGGCCCCCCGGCCCCUUCGCAGUCCUCCCAGCCGGCCGCAACAACACUCGCGGCCAGCAAUGCGUUGGGGGAAGCAAUGGCCGCUGAAUAA